AUUGGAGAGAGACCCCGGCAGCAACUAGAGUCCCGUGGCUGCUUUGAGUGUUGUAGGUGGAAUGUGACCGGCUCGCUGUUUGUUUUUGAAGGUCUAGGUCUAGAUCUGGGUCCUUGGCUGCGCUGGGCCUCGGAGCUUUACUGAAAGUUCCUCUGCCUUCGGGUGGCUGUGGAGAGCGAAAGGCCGGCGGGCUGCCGAGGAGGAAGUGUCGCGCUCCGGAGCGGCGUAGGGAGGUAGAGUCGGAGGGGAGAAAUAGCCGAAUCCUCUCGGACUGGACCCACUGCACAAAACAAGCCAAUUAUUCGGGGGGCCACGCUAAAUAGGCAAGGGUGGCACCUUUGCAGUGUUACACAGGGUGCAAGGAGCGAUCUACUGGUCAUUCAUGAGAAGUGGGGGAAACUGCACUGCGUCUCACCACGUUACAACUGAUCUGGGUGAACUUCGUGCUGCCUGGGCGUGUGAGAUGUGAAGUGUCCUAUAGUAUUGUGCAACACUAACAACCUUUAUCCUGAUGACUGCAACAAUUCAAUAACAACUUUCAUUUGUAUAGAGCCUUUUUUCAGGCUCGAAUAGGCAAUGAAACAGGGAGGCAGCACCUUGCUUGUGGGCGAGGGGAACUUUUCCUUUGCUGCUGCAUUGUGUGAUCGUGUGGACAGAAACUGCUGGAUCAUUGCAACCUGCUACGAAAGUGAAAAAGAAAUAAAGAAGCAUGAAAAUGCAGUCGAAAAUAUUGCCCACCUGUUAGAAAGAGGAGCAGAAGUUUACUUUCAAGUGGAUUGUACCAACCUCCAAGAGUGUCCAUGCUUGAAAAGCAGGCUGCUUGACAGGAUUAUCUUCAAUUUCCCUCACUGUGGCAGGAAGGCUGGGGUGAAAAAGAACAGAGAGCUACUGGCUAAAUUUUUUCUGAGUUGCGCAGGUAUUCUAACUGCAAAAGGUGAUGUUCAUGUUACCCUGUGCAGGGGUCAGGGAGGGACCGCUGCUGAUCAGCCAACUCGAGAAUGGCACAACAGCUGGCAAGUUGUCGCCAUGGCUGCGAGAGCCGGGUUCAUUUUGAGCAAAGUGCAGCCAUUUGACUGCACACAUCAUUAUGGCUACACAAGCACUGGGUAUAGGAGUCAAGAUAAACCAUUCCAUGUUGACCGAGCUCUGACCCACGUGUUCAGCAGAAGCCUGCCCUUCAGUGAGAUAAAGCCAGUUGUUAUGGAAAGCAUGACUGGGAGCGAGCGCUGCUCCUUCCACAUCCCUGAGGAACUUGUUGAAAAGAUAAACAGGAAUUUUCUUCAGAAAGGUUCCAACCAUCCUGUAAAUAUCAUUAACGAGUUGUUGAGAAAGCAGAUCGCAGGUACAGCAAACGUACAGGAACUGGAGGACAACUUCCCUCUGCUACCAAAGCAAUGCCUUCAGACUGAUGACACCUGUGUAGAAUUGGACGUUUGUCAGGCUGAGCUUUAUUGGGUUAGCUGUUCCAACUGUCAAGAGGACAAAUCGAGAAGUACCAAGUGUGCUCAUGUGACCGAGCCUCAAUGCUGUGAUGUUUGUAUGCCAACGCCUGAUCCAAGGUUUGGGAACAAGACAGGGCAGAAUGUGGACUGCUGUAUUAUGAGACAGGCUGGGGUCCCCAAUGUGAGUGAGGAUUGCAGGAGGUACUGUCUUCGGCCCACUCUGACUGUAUGUGUGUACCAUAUUUUGCAAAGACCAGACUUCACAACAGGAGUAAUCUAUGUACUCAGUGGCACUGUUUUCAGGAAGUGUCUGAUUACACCACAAACUAUGCCAGUAUUCCAUGAGAUGGUUUUAGUUGGUGCUUUUAGUGACAAAAAAUCCCCAGACUUUUUAAAUCUAUUUAUGUGCUCUGUGGAGAGUGCCAUUUCAUUUCUCAUAAAGUCAGCAUCAAGUACCAGUACGUCUGUGGACAAGAGCUUAGGGUCGAACACCUUUAAAGAAGGGGCCAGCGUAAAAAGUUGGAAGAUUUGUUUUCGAGAUGUGGAACAUCCAGACUUUGCUGAUCUAACUGUUGCAAAAUUGUUUUGUAUUCCAUAUAAACAGAACAACAGUGAACUAUAUAUCUGUGUUGCUUCAAUAAAUCUUGACCUGCUAUCCAUGGCGCUGUAUCACAUAAAUGAUUGGAGAAUGCUAUGGACAUUCGAUGAGCGCUUCCUAAACCAGAUUAGCGCAUCAGAAUUGAAACCUUUUUGUGGAUUCUCACUCUACCCUCCCUCCUAUCUGCAUGAUGUCAGCUUCUGGGUUGAUGGGGAUGGGAAACUGGAUGAGUUGGAGCUCCAUGCAGUUGUAAGGCGAGUAAGCAGGGAUUCUGUGAAAGAAUUGAAGCUGAUUGACAGUUUCUGGCAUGCUGAAAGCAAACGUAUGAGUUACUGUUACAGGCUAACAUACCAGUCAUGUGACAAGGCACUGUCCUAUCAGCAAGCAUUGGAAAUGCAACUGCAUCUUCGAGACGAACUGCAGAAAAGAUUUCAAGUAACUCUCAGAUAAAAAAAACAUUGGACCAAAUGUUUGAAAUGUAUUUCUUUACCUCUUGCAGUGCACGAUUGACACUACACCUACUUAGCUAUUGAUACCUGCUAUGUUUCAGGAAAAUUUCACUUGAGCAAAUAAACAUCAACAUU